AUGUUUUCGUAGCUUUCAGUAAAAACUAAGUGAAAAUAGCGUUUUAGUUUAUGUUUUAGUCAUAGUCAUUAUAAUUAGUGUACAAAUCAAGUUUAAAUCAUUCCGGAGAUGCCUGCAGUGCGCAAAUAUCGACGCGAGACAAGCGAAAUCAGUUGCUGUCUGAAAUAUCUACUCUUCACAAGCAAUGUGUUCAUAUUUGUGGCUGCUCUCAUGGUUCUGUCCGUUGGCAUCUGGGCUUGGAGCGAGAAAGACAUGUUUCGCAACAUUGCAAAGCUGAGUUUUAUAGCCUUGGAUCCGGCCUUUGUGUUGAUUAUACUGGGCGGAAUCACCUUCCUUCUCGGCUUCAUGGGCAGCGUGGGCGCACUGCGGGAAAAUACUUGUCUCUUGGCGGCGUAUGCCAUUUUUCUGAGUAUAUUACUCAUAGCUGAGAUUGGCUUCUGUGCAUUGGCAUUUGUACUCAAGGACAAGGGCUGGAUCAAAGACCAAGCUACUGAGGGGCUCAAAGCCUUCAUACGGCAUUAUCGUGAGGAUGCUGAUCAGCAGAAUCUCAUUGAUUGGAUACAGGAGGACUGGCUGCAGUGUUGCGGCAUCGACGGCCCAAAGGACUGGGACAGCAACAACUAUUUCAAUUGCUCGUCCAUUGCCAUUGGCAGUCGUGAGGCCUGCGGUGUGCCCUUCUCCUGUUGCCGUCGCCGGCCGCAAGAGCUCAUCAAGAACAAGCAAUGCGGCUAUGAUGUGCGCAAAGAGGGAUAUCCUGUGGAUAGGAAUAUACAUGAGCGUGGCUGUUUGCGCGCUGGCGAGGAUUGGCUGGAGGCACAUCUAAUAAGCGUGGCAGCGGCCUGCGUUGGCCUGCUGAUGCUGCAGGCCAUGGAGCUGUCCAAAAUCAUAUAUGAAAAGGGCUGCGUUCAGGCUGGCGAAGAAUGGAUGGAACAUAAUUUGAUUAUCAUUUCAACGGCUGUCAUUGUGGUCAUGUUUUUCCAGAUUUUGGGUAUUUGUUUUGCACAGAAUUUGCGUGCCGACAUCUAUUCGCAAAAAUCGAAAUGGCACUGACAAAUGGCUCUCGCUGCACCCACAGCACUCUAGAGACAACUGAAAGGAGGAGAAGUAUAACACCUCAUACAAGGCAGAAGAGAAACACUACAAAUACUCAUCUACGCUUCGGUUAGUUAACUAUAUCUACUAUAAAUACCUUAUACUAUCUGCCCAUAUGUGUCUGUGCUCGUCUACACGAGUAUGCCUAUAGCUAGCUGUGUAUGUGUCUAAAACUCAAACGCAAACGCAUUCCGUCUUCGUGUGUGGGGACAUUGACUAACUAAUGAACAAAACAUUAACUAGGUUGCCAAAUUUUUUGCUGUUUUUACGUCGGCUUUCUCUUUGCCCAAAAUCAACCGAAAUGGUGAAAACAAAACAAGAAAACAAAAACCCAAUGCAAAACAUUUUGAAUACAUUUUCUAUACAUUUUUACAAAUGAAAAGUAAACGAAAGAGGGAAGACAUUUUUACUCGAAAUGCAGCUGUGAUAUAUUUUUAAUGAAUGUAUAGAGAGAGACAUAGAGAAAGAAAGAGAGAUAGAGAAGAAAAAACAACAGAAAUUAUAUGCAACACUUUCCAAACAACAAAAAAGGCAAAACCGAAAAACCGAUAGAAAACGAAACUCAUUCCUAAACUGAAAACAAAAGCUAAAACCUAGCACAAAAUAACAACAAAUAUCUAACAUGAAUGCAACGCAAUAAUAAUUAUUUUUAUAUACACGAAAGAAAGACGCACAGAUAGAAAUAUUGUAAGAAAAAAAAAACGCAUACCAUGUAGCUUGCUUUUCUCAUUUCUAAAAAAGAGCUUAAAACUAACAGAAACAAACCAAACAAACAAGUAAGCUAUAUGUAUAUUUUUGCAAGAAAACACGAACUGAAACUUGAUGUGAAACUCGAAAAACCCUCGUAAUUUGUCUUGAGGAUCAGUUUGUGGUUUAUUUACUAUAAAGCGCACACUUAACUUUUGUACUCAAAGACUCCUAUAAAGGAGCACAAAAUGCAUUCGUUCUUGUACCUUAUAUGACAAUUUAUACUACACGAGUUGUGUUCGUAAAUGAUAUAAUUACUGACCCUGAUUCUGAACUAUUUAUCUACUAAAUAUUUCCAUUAAUUAUAAGCUCAUUUAUCCUACAUAAGUAUCCCCCAAACACUGCCCUGAACGAACAACCGAUUAAAUAUUUAUUAAUUGCCUGCUGAAGAUUCACUCCGUAUAUGUCCAAAACAUUCCGAAAAGAAGUAUUCAGUUAUGGGUUGGUAUCUUGCCAAAUAAUUGAUUAAACUGAAUGCCAUGGAAACCAUGAUAUUGCUUAAAAGAAUCUCCUAAUUUUGGAAUGGAUCUUCUUCCCGUACAGAGUCUCCCAAUUAUCUGAAAAAGUUCUCUCACCCAAAACAUGAAUUGAUUUAAUGCUCAAUUUUUGCAUAGAGAACUAGGAAUCUCCCCAUUUGCCAAACCCAUUUGAUAAAGCCCAUUACCAAUUAGGAAUCUAUCAAAAUUUAAGCACAAGUAUCAAAGUAUACGUUAA